UUCUGGAUGUUUCCCCUCGUGAGCCUUCGUGUUGUCCUGGUUUGUCUUUUCAGUUUGCUUGUUACCUUUUUGUAUUUUUGGCUUUGUUUAAUUAAAGCUCGCUUUUUGUUAUCAUUGUCAGUUUACUGCAUUUGGGUCCACCUUUACAGCACCUGUAACAUUUCCCUCAUCUCAGUGCUACCAAACACAAAGUUUAAACUAAACCCACUUUUUGAAACAGGGCUCUGAAGAACAUUAAAGGUGAGGUGUAAUAUGUAAGAUAUGGCAACAAUUUUAGUAUAAAACAUUCAGCAGAAUGUGAAGAAUUUACAAAGAUAUGAGUCGUUCCCUUGUCCCACACCGGACCCAAACCAAUAAACAUACUAUCAAAACAUGGAUCGUACAACCCUAGAGCUAUUUAGCUCAUGUGUGCUAUCAUUCUAAAUCUGUAAUCUGCCGUGAUCCACAAAACAAACUUUAUGAAAGCAGCCCACUCUGCAGAACAAGCACUGAGCUAAAUGUAACGAACUGCCUAGCCAGAGAAAGAUUAGCUACAUGUUAGUGAAGAGAGCACCCUCCUUUCUCAUUGGCUUCAUACUGUCUGUAGGCGUCAACCAAAUAUAACAUGAGAUUAUUACCGGAGACCAAAUCUUGAGUGUGUGAGUCAAUACUCAAGAUUCCAAUCCUGGUAGCUUCAAUCAUCAAUUCUCCACCACUACUUUCAUCCAACCAACGCAACCGGGCUCCAGAAGCACACUCGACCUGUCCAAAUGCAGCCAGCGACUAAUCCAGAGAAGAUGCUGAUGAAAGAUGACAGCAAUCCAAAUCAUGCUCCAGAAAAGCAUAACAAGAGAGGCCAGUGGGCCAACAAGAGGGAGUUCAUUUUGGCAGUAGUUGGAGAAAUCAUUGGUCUGGGCAAUGUUUGGAGAUUUCCAUAUCUGUGCUUCAAAAAUGGGGGAGGAGCUUUCUUAGUCCCCUAUGCUUUGUUCGUGUUCACCUGUGGAAUCCCCCUCUUCUUUCUGGAGGUAUCUCUGGGACAGUUAACUGGUCAGGGUGGAAUCACAUGCUGGAGGAAAAUAUGUCCAUUAUUUGAAGGUUUAGGCUACGGCGGUCAAGUGCUAAUGCUGUACACUGUGAUGUAUUACAUUGUCAUCCUGGCUUGGGCCUUCCUCUACCUCUUCUCUUCCUUCCACACUGUUCUCCCCUGGGCCAGCUGCAACAACAUCUGGAACACAGAGAACUGUGUCGAUUAUGGACUGAAUCAUUCAUCAAAUGGGUUCAUUUCUCAGAAUGCAACUUCUUCAGUUGAAGAAUUCUGGCAGAGGAGAGUUUUGGGUUUGUCUGAAGGCAUUGAACAGAUGGGAAGUAUCCGCUGGGACCUGGCUGGAUGUCUUGUACUUAGCUGGAUUGUUUGUUAUUUCUGUGUCUGGAACGGAAUCAAGUCCUCUGGAAAGGUUGUUUAUUUCACAGCCACAUUUCCUUAUGUGAUGAUGAUUGCUCUGCUGAUCCGUGGUGUGACGUUGCCAGGAGCCAUAAAUGGUAUUCGAUUUUACCUUACCCCUGAUUUAACGCGUCUGGCUGAUCCGCAGGUAUGGAUGGAUGCUGGGAGCCAGAUAUUGUUCUCCUACGCUGUCUGCACGGGCUGUUUGUCAUCUUUAGCAAGCUACAACAAAUACAACAACAACUGCUACAAAGAUGCAUUUGCCUUGUGCCUGUUGAACAGUAUGACCAGCAUUGUCGCUGGCUUUGCAAUAUUCUCGGUCCUCGGCUUUAUGUCUUAUGAGAUUGGUGUCGAUAUCUCAGUGGUGGCUGAAUCAGGUCCCGGCCUGGCUUUUAUUGCCUACCCCCGGGCAGUAUCCAUGAUGCCUUUACCACAUCUCUGGGCUGCCUUCUUCUUCAUUAUGAUAAUCUUCCUGGGAUUGGACAGUCAGUUUGUGUAUCUUGAAGGCAUGAUCACAUCCUUAUCAGACAUAUAUCCAUCCUUCUUUUUAACUGGUCAUCGACGUAAAUUACUCCUGCUGGUCAUCUGUGGUGUAUCCUUACUCAUCGGCCUGUCUAUGGUCACUGAAGGAGGACUUUAUGUGUUUCAGCUUUUUGACUACUACGCCUGCAGUGGAAUCCCAUUGAUACUUUUUGCCAUUUUGGAGUGCCUUUGUAUAGGAUGGGUGUAUGGUGCUGAUCACUACUACAAUAAUAUUACAGACAUGAUUGGCUACCGCCCCAUGCCCUAUAUGAAAUAUUGUUGGAAAUGCAUCACUCCAUGUGUAUGUUCAGGCAUAUUGGUCUUCUCUCUGGUCAAAUUCACCCCUCUGAAGUACAACACCUACCAGUACCCCUGGUGGGGCUUUGCCCUCGGGCUAUUUCUUGCUUUCUCUUCAGUCAUCAUGGCAUCACUGGGAUUUUUCUACAGUCUGUCUGUAUCUCCAGGAACACUGAGACAGAGACUGGCAGUGGUGACCACUCCAGCAGAAGACCUGUUCAGAGUAAACUUUGAAAGAUGUCCUUCCUAUGAAGAAACAAUCAUUUCUAAUGAGGUCUGAAAGACUUUCUGAAAUUGAUAUAACAGCAUGAUUUAUUUGUUUGACUUAAUAUUGAAUAAUAAGGGUUUUACUUCUGAGGACUGAUGAGCAUCCUAUUUAAAACAUAUGUAACAAUUUAAUUUAAUAUUUCAGGAGUUUAUUAGACAUUAUUGUACGUGUCCAAAUGUAUGCAUGUCUUUAUAUGUGUGUGCCAGAAUGACAGGCUCUGCAUGGAAAUCUUUGUUUUAUUUCACCUUUAAAAUCCAUAAAUUAAAGUAAGUACAGUAUUGACUUCCACCCACAGUGAACAUGAAGCUGUUUAAACUUUAAGGUGUUUAAAAAAAAAGGGAGAUAAAUUAAAAUGUAUUAAACAAUUACUGACUUCAGAGAAUCAUCUGCAGCAUGCCUGGCACAGUUCCCAAGUUUGUCCAGCAGAGGGGGAUAGAUGUUGGAUAUUAAAUCACCAAGAACUGUCCCGUCCAGUCAGUAUAGUGAGGAGCCUCCUCUUCUCUAGUUCAGUGUGUUGGUACAUUUUGAUUGAAGGUGCAUGCUAACCAAACAUGUUGCUGGGUUAAUUCACUGUAGAUGUCAGACAUUUUCUGGCACAUGCAUAGAUAUUUGAAAAUAUUAGAUGGUUAAAACAAAGGCUUUGUUACUGCAAACGGAGGAAAGAUACACAGCAUCACAUACUAAAAUGCCUGAAACAUCUUACUUUGCUUUAUUGCUUAAUUUAAUUAUUCUCAAAGGAUCUACUUUACAAACAUGCACCGGUGGCACACGCACACAAAGAGACGCACACAAAGUAACACGCAUCAUCUCUAAAUCCAGAUAUUAAUAGACUGUUGGUGCUUCGUCUUCGCUGUGCCAGAGGGACAAAAGAAGCAGUCUUUAGGAAAGGAAACGCAAACGUCUAGUGCGUUGCAGUACUUUGAAUAACUAUAGCAUGCAUGAUACAAUAAUGUCACAGCAUCAUUAACAGUUCCCACGAGUUUCAGGCAGUGUUUCUAUGCACAUUUUCAAAUAUCAUCUGGCCAACAUCUGGCAUGGAUCAAUAUAGAAUACCAUAUUGCUAUAAUAAUGAGAAUUAUAAUUAACAAUUGA